UUCUAUAUACUGCCACUGCCGAGGAAUAAGGACGUGCCGGAAGUGUUGCUACCCUUCGAAGGGCCCGGAUUGGAUAAGAAGUCGAUUCGUCCGAACCUAUUGUUAGGUAUAAUAAUUCGCAGCAAAAAACACUCGACACAAGCGCCACAAAACUCAGCCGGCAAUCAGUUGCUGACGAAGGGGUCGAGGAGUGGAUCGGACGCCGCGUUCCGCUCGUAUACACCGCCGCCAAAGACCUCAUCGAACGACUCGUCGCCCGGCGAUAGUAAGGACGCCGAUGAGGACGUGUCGUAUACACCCCCGCGAGCGACCACCUCGUCGUCCGGGGCGUCGAUGUCCACGACCUCUAAGACGGUUGUCGUCGACGACGACGACGAGCCCUACGAUCCCGAAGAGGCGGACCUGACGUCGACCACCACAACGACCACAACCACGAACUCAUUGGACGGACAGCAGCCGUCGAUCCCGGAGCUCAUGGAGCAGAUCGCGAAGUCGUCGAAUCCGGUGGAGAUGACAACGUCGGUACUGAACGCCAUCGCCGGCUCCUCCAACAUUGAACUCCAGCGCCGACUACUGGAACAGUUGACCGCCAAAGUGGACGAACAGAAGCGACAGCUGGAGGUGCAGAAGGCCGAGGCAGAGGCUCAGUCA